AUGGCGAGCACUUUCGUGUACAGCACAGUGUGGAAGUUUCUUGAGCCCGAUGAGCUCAUCACCGCAUUCGAUGAGAUGGUGCAAGACGCCAAUGUCAGAUGCACAUACAUGUCAGACAAGCAGAUGUUCCGCAUCGAGUUUCCAGAACCUGGCUAUGAUCAGACUUAUUACAAAUUCGUGGAUCUCUGCAAUGAAUAUAUCAACGAGCACCAGGAUGGUCCCCAGGAUGUCAUGGCCGACCCCAAGAUCUUUCGUCCUGUCGAGACGGGUGGAGAAGCUAAUGCCGAAGAUGAACUUGACGAGCUUCUCCGGGAAGACGAUGCCUUAGAAGACGAGGCUCUCAUUGAUGUUGAUCGUCCCUCGUCCGAGCACGAAGAGGAAGACAAGCCUUUCUGGAGUCCGAAGAAUCCUAGCACAGACAUCGCGCUGGUUCUGCCGGACCAGCUUCUACAGGAGAUUGCCCAAGACACUACGUGCUCGUUGGAACUGAAUGUCGAAAGGUCAUGCGUCUUCAUCACCAAUGCUACUGCCACCAAGGUUCAGACCGUCAGCAAGAGGCUGGACAACAUCGAGAGGAUUUCGCACCGUCCAAGGGUCGACUCACACUUCAUGCGCACUGAAAAGGAGGUCAACGCUUUACUACAACUGCAUCGUCUCCAACACCUGCAAGACGGAACGUUGCUGCAAACAUUGACUCCGGAUGAACCAAAAAUCACACAAAUGUUACCUCGUCAACGUGUGGUGCGCUUGAUGCGCCCCGAUAGCAACGCUCGGCUCUCUGUCUUCAGUAGUCAACCUUCCAACUACACUCACAACCCGGAUUUGGUUCAGAAGUUCGAGUCCAUGCCGCUUCCACACUUCGUCAGAGAGGGCAUGCAUGACCUUUUGGUAACCUUCGUUGACAAUGCUGUCGAGGAAUGGGUGCAGGGAACCAUCGAUUCUGCGCCUGAGGAAGGUGAUCUGUUGGGUGGUGGUAUUGACGGUCUCAACCUUGGUGAUGCUAGUGAGGUACUCAGGCCCGUACCAGCACCGUUGAAGCAGCAGUCAGAGUAUCCUAUUCCGGAUUUUGGAUUCCCGGAUGAGAUCGAGGAGUUUGAAAGUCGUCCAGACUUGAGUCACGCUGAGGCUCGACUCGAUACGAAUUUCCUUAUUGACUAUGAGGGUCGCCCAAGAUCUCCAGCCCAGGCUACUGAGAGUCGUGUGCAUAUCCCGCCGCUUGUCUCUCCGUAUCCAUCAUCUCUUGUCGGGUCGACGCUGUCUAGGAGGGCAGCUGGAAUUAGGUUCUCAGAUAAGCUACCCAGAGCACCAUGGGAUGUCACACCCACACGUCCGGUUCAAGCUGAAUGGAAUGUCCAGCCUGUGACAGGUUAUACCGGAGAUGAUACCGUCGAACCAUUCCCUCCACUCGGAACGCAAGCUCCCAAACCUCGCGUGCAGCGUGUACAGCCAACAUCACCAUCAACUCUUGCUGCACCACCAGGAUUGUCGACUCGACCAGGACAAUACUCGCAUAUGGUGCUGGCUGAGCCUGAAGAGCCCAACGAUGUCGAGGAAAGAAUCCAGGUUGAAGAUGAAGUCGCAACUCGUCGAUAUUUUAACACCACGGCUCACCGCAAGCCGAAGUCUAAGGCCAAGAGGAAGCCUAGCAAUCAAGCUUGCAAAGUCGAGCUUGAUCUUCCUGACUGGGAUCCCAGACUGAACAAACAGCCAAGCAAGUCAAACCAGAGUCAACCAAGGUCAACCUCUGUUGAAGCAACUCCACCACCUCAGGCAAAGCCCCUGGUCCUUCCAGAAUGCAGCAGCGAUCUAUUGCAGCUUCUGGAUUGCGCGAGAGCACAUAGAGGAUAUCUAGACAUGGAGAUCUCUAUCGGCCGCAUUCUGAUCGAAGGCUUGAGAGGACCGGAAGCAAAGGAAUUUGCUGCCUCCAAGGCCAUGCCUUCCAAACGUAUGGCAGCAGGUAUCCAGGAACAUCUCUCUACAGAUCAAGAGUCAGUCCUACAUUUCGUAGAGAGACUGACUUCAUCCACUAUUGAAGCAUGCCAAAUUCCAACUCCACAGCUGUUUCGCCAGGAUGCCACAGAGGCAUCCUGGUAUGAGUUCCACUGUGAAGACAAAUACCACAACCACGUCAUUGUCAAAGUCAAGGGCCCCGACGACGCGGAGGUCGAUCUGGUCCCUGCUACACUUGGCCAAGUAUUCUUCCACUAUCCGAAACGAAGGUGGGAUGCUCGCUUUGCUGUGAACGCUCGAGAGCCAUACAUGUACCACAAGGCAAUCACGGAGUUCUUGAAAAAGCUAUCAGCCGAAGUUCGUGACUCCAGGGACGGCAGACUUGUCGACCUACGCUUCCUCGUGACUGGUGAUCUCAAAAUCAGAAGUGCCUGCACCAAGAAGCAACUCUCAUUCCAACAUAUCAGUGAUCGCAUAACGCUACACCUUACAGAGGUCCAAGACCUGAACAGAGGCUGGAUGAGAGACAACACCUCGCUCCAUCAAUUUGCAUCGCAGGAGAGGACUGAGAUGAUCAGAGCUGGACGUUUUUGGUUUGAGGCAAAGCUGUCAGUCUCAUCCAAGUCUUUCUUCGACCAGAAUCUGAAGACGAAGAUCGGUGAGGAUGCCGCCUGGAACGCGAAGGAUGUGCUCGAUGACAAGAUGCUGUUCGAUAUCCAGGAUAUUAUCGAUCGUGUUGUCGUUCGUAUGGAUGGUGUCGGUGUGCAGAACACAGGCUGGCGUGGUAACGAGGCUGAUAUGAUCGACCUGGAAGAGUGGGAGCAAAAGAACAAAGUGAUCGGCAGCAUGGAUUACUGGUGA